GCAGCAGCAGCAGCACCUCGAGGACCCAAACCCGACUACCCGAGCGAGAAGCGGUGACGAUAGAGCACGGGGGGCAGCACAGCUCGGGAGCAAUGGAGAGGGCGACGCCGGUGCGGAGCCCGCACACCUCGACGGCCGACCUGCUCACGUGGUCGGCCACGGGCGCCGGCGCCCCCUCCGCCUCGCCGGCCGCCCCGUCCCGCCCCAGUCUCAAGCCGGCUGGGGGGAUCACGCCGGCCAUGUUCGGCGCGCCGGUGAGCGAGCACGACGCCGAGGAUCUGAGCAACAGUGAAAGGAGACUGAUGUCCGGUUCAAAGAUGAAGGAAAUGACUGGGAGUGGGAUAUUUGCUGAAAAGAGUGAGAAUAGUGAUUCAGAGUCUUCAAAUCCUGCAAACAGAACUUCUGUGAGGAUGUAUCAGCAAACUGUAACUGGAGUAAGUCAGAUCUCAUUUAGCGCAGAUGGAAGCGUUUCUCCAAAGAAGCCAUCCUCACUGCCUGAGGUGGCUAAGCAGCGAGAGCUUAGUGGCACAUUCGAGACUGAUGCUGAAGCUAAAAUUAAUAAGCAGCUUUCUGAAGCCAAGAACAAGGAGCUCAGCGGAAGCAAUAUCUUUGGUCCACCUCCUGAGACCCCUGCAAGGCCACUAGCUGCUCGUAAUAUGGAGCUACAAGGAAACGUAGAUUUUGCACUUCCACAACGAAGAAGCGUGCACACAUCAGUGAAAGUAUCCAAUCCUGCUGGAGGUCCAAGCAACAUCACGUUCAGUGAGGAUCCUGUAACGAAGACAGCAAAGAAAAUUCACAACCAGAAGUUCCAAGAGCUGACAGGCAAUAACAUCUUUAACGAGGAUGCUCCUCCUGGCUCAGCUGACAAGUCUCUGAGCUCAGCAAAGCUUAAGGAGAUGAGCGGCAAUGACAUAUUCUCCGAUGGAAAGGCGUCUUCGCGAGACUACCUCGGCGGUGUCCGGAAGCCCCCUGGUGGCGAGAGCAGCAUUGCACUCAUCUAAUUAUGGUAGACUGCUCUAGUCGGGACUGGCUAGUACGUCCUCCUCAUUUCAGGUGCUCUUCUCGGCCUUCCGGGGUCUAGAUGAUGAUUCGAGAUCUGAAAUUAUGUUGGAUAUCUUAGCCCUAAUAUAGUGUAGAGUCAGCAGGAUCUGACUCGGUUCAUAUCAUGUACGCUUGUGCGUGAUCUCAUCCUUUGUUUUGUGGUACUUAUGUAUUAAUCUCUCUGUACUGAGAACCUGCGCAAUAAGCUUUUAUGGACUCA